AAUUGACAGUUCGGGAGUGACAGAAGAUGAUUCAGCAAAGUUUCUGGCUAAAUCUAUUACUGAGCGGUCUCAACGUGAUGUCGCUUGCGGCUAUAUCUACGUGCUGGAUGGCAGUCGAUCUGCAGAAGAAGCAGUGCAGGAUGGUUAUUUGCUGAAAGCAGUUAUGGAACAAUCUAAAUAUUCAUUUUUACCCGAGUCUACAAUUUUUGUUGUGAACAAGUGGGAUAUGGUCUCUGCAAAGACAAAGGAGAAUUUUCUGCGUAUUGUUACCAAAGAGCUCAAGAAGCGAUGGCCAAUGUUUAGACCACAUCAACUGUUAACACUCAACGCAAAACGAGCUGAAAUGGUCUGGUUUAACACAGGGAAGUUAACUCCGGAUUUGAAAGCAGUUUGUACAGCUAUCACAAACAUAAUUCCAGGAUCAUUCAACAACUUUAUCAUCAAACCCCUCAGGCAUGUUGGGUAAAAAUUAUCUUAAAUUUACGAUUUUACAUUUGUGCAUACUUUUAUAGACAACUUUGUGAAUUUAUUGACUCUACUGAAGGUGUGUUGGAAACGAUUCUCAGGCAUCUAAAAUUACCUGUUUCCCAAAGGAAAAAACUUGAACAAUCGAGCUGAGAGACUCUAACAAAAGUUGAAACAUUGCUAGAGAAAAUGAAAGGUGAAUUACAUUUGAAGAUUUCCUAUCUUAAAAACGAGCUUUUAAGUCAUUUGAAGACUACGCAGGUUCGUGAAAGCUUCUACACUUGGGAUAUAUCAUCCUUACCCAUUGAACAGAAGGCAGCUGUUUACGCAGAAGACGUAGAGCUAUUUCUAGAUGUAAAGCUAGGCCAAAUUGUAGAGGACUACCAAGACAAAGGCGGACUUCAACAAUGGGCAAAAACAACACUAGAUCAAAAUGUUAUAGAAGCAGAAAAGAUGCUAGUUCGAGCUAAUCUAGACCUAGGUGGUUAUCAUGCACGUGCAACCAACAACAGCUCAGCAUCAUCCUCAGGAGUAAACGGAAUAUUAGAUGUUCUGAAGUCUGUGGGAGUAACGAUCAGUCUUGGGGCAGCCUUAGGGAUUUACACAAACUUUGCAAUGGCCCGAAAGAUGGAGAGUGAAUUGGAGAUGUCAACAGCAGCAUUUGUUCCUGGUGCAGUAAUUCCAGAAAGACUGAUAAGUCUGAGCAUAGUGAUUGCUUCAGUAGUUAUCUGGAUAAAAGAAACUUUUAUAUAUUAUAAGGUGAAAAAUUUUAAGCAAAAUGUACAAACUGCAUUUGACGACUUCAUCGUAAACGAAGACAAGUUAUGUGAAAUAGUCAAGAAUUUGCUGAAGUUUCUUUGCAUGCCUGUGCAAGCUGUAUUAGACGCAAUACCUCAAAAAUUAGAAGAACUUGAAAUGAAGUUAAAUGCAAGUGACCAGGCAGAACAGGAGAAUGUUCCAAAGUAUCAAGACUUGCUGCGUACAAGCCAGAAUUUAAACGGGAAAUUGCUGAUAAUGACUCUUCAAUGCAUGCAUCACAAAUUUACCAGCGAUGAAAUCUACUGGCCCCAACCAAAACAACCAAUAGGUAGUGGAAGGUUUAGUGACGUUUACAAAGUUGUCAUUCGUGAAGGAGCUGAAACUGCAUUGAAAGUAAUGAAAGAUGACAUUACGCAGCAAACAGUAUCUGAUAUAAAGAAAGAAAUUGAUUGUUGCAGGAAAUGCAACCAUGAGAACAUUGUCAAGUUUUAUGGGUCAGUACAACUUUCAUCAGACCCUCUCAAGACAGGAUUACUGUACGAAUGGUGUGGGUACGGAACUUUAGCUUCUUUUCUUAAAGAUGUAAAAGAAGAGCCAGCUUAUACACUGAAAGGAUUUCCGAUUGCUCGAAGACUUGCACUGGAUAUGCUCAGUGGGAUUCGUUAUCUACAUGACAAUGGCAUCAUUCAUCGAGAUAUGAAACCUGAAAAUGUGCUGAUAACAAAGCAGAGAAGAGUGCGUCUCGCAGACAUUGGACUGGCCAAGCCAAUCAAACAAGUGAGAGGUACAGCAUGUGGAACACUAUGGUACAUGGCACCAGAAGUAUUUAGUGCAAAACUGUACACAGAAACAGCAGAUAUUUUUAGUUUUGGAAUUAUCAUGUGGGAGCUAUGGAACAAAAAACGAGUUUAUGAAGUCACACCACAACCUCAAUUGCAGCUUUUCUUUCAGCUUGUAGAGGAAGGAAAACUUCGUCCAGGUAAUGACGAAUUUAUUGGUGAAGAGAUCCAGUAUGGACAGCAGCACGAAAUGUCUGUUUUCAAGCGCUGCCAGCAACAGCAUGAGGUAGGGCCAGGAAUUUCUACUUUUCAGGGUAAAGAGCAACAGCAGCAGUGUAGUCUGCGUCCGGGUAAAGCUAAAAGGUGGGCUGAUUUAUCAAGAGCCUGCUGGUCAUCAUGCCCUGCCAAUCGGCCAUCAGCAGAUGCAAUUUACAAAGCUAUAAAUGCUAUCUCUGCUACCGAUUAGAACUACAUGUAUGUAUAAGGUGUUAGCUGUUUACUGCAAAGAUGUCAAGUUUUGUUGGUAUUUGUAUUUUUUAAGAUGUAACUGAAUGCUUGCUUGUUGCUUUAUCUGUUUACAUGACAAGAAGCUAUGAUUUUGUCUGACUUAGCUAUACUUUCAUACAGUUACUAUUUGCUAUAGUUUCUUUACUAUACAAUAUUGUCGUUAUUCCAUUGUGUGCAUCUGCAAUCUGUUGUUGUAA